GCUGACAAGGAUUGUCUGUCUUGACUCAGUAUAUGGAAAAAAAAUUUAAUUUAAUAUAAAAUAGAUAUAUUUUAGUCGGAAAGGAGCAAUAAAAAUAAAAGUCCAGCGUCUAAUACCACCACCACCACUGACCACCAGAGCAUGGACAACCCAUCGCCACCACCCCCCUCCAAGAGCUGGAGCAUACACACCCGACCUGAAAUCAUCGCCAAGUACGAAAUCCAUGAUCGAGUUGGGUCCGGUGCCUACUCCGACGUCUACAAGGCCCGUCGCCUCUCCGAUAACGUCAUCGUCGCCCUCAAAGAAAUCCACGACUAUCAGUCCGCCUUCCGCGAAAUCGAGGUCUUAAAAAUCCUCCAAAACUGCCCCAACAUCGUCAUUAUGUACGAGUACUUUUGGAGGGAGGACGAGGACGCCGUGUUGGUUUUGGAGUUCUUGAGGACGGAUUUGGUGGCGGUAGUUAAGGAGGGAAAGAAGAAUGGAGGGGCCGGGGUAAGUGUCGGGGAGUUGAAGAGGUGGAUGGUUCAGAUAUUGUGUGGAGUCGACGCCUGCCACAGGAAUAUGAUCGUGCAUCGGGAUUUGAAACCUGGUAAUUUGUUGAUUUCUGAUGAUGGAGUUCUCAAGUUGGCUGAUUUUGGCCAGGCAAGGAUGCUGAUGGAGCCUGGUUCUGUUGCUACUGAUGAGAAUCCUCAGCCGUAUGGAGAGAACCCAGUAGACCAGGAACAGGUUUUCCAACCAGCUGUGAUUGUUCCUGAGAUGGAGAACCCAUCCCAAGAAGCACAGGGAGACGAAGGGCAGGGUGUCAUAAGACGAGAUGAAUCAUUUAGAGAGAUCAUUGAAUUCAAGGCUCAUGAUUACUUGGAGGAAACAAGUAUUUGGGAUGGGGAUACAUCUUGUCUUGCAACAGGCACAGCAAGCGAUAUAGGAGAUGAUAUCUUGCAGAGUUCUUAUUCUUAUGAGGUUGAGGAAGGUGAUAGGAAUGGCUCACUUACUUCAUGUGUUGGAACUCGCUGGUUCAGGGCUCCUGAACUACUCUAUGGAUCCACAGACUAUGGACUGGAGGUUGACCUGUGGUCAUUGGGCUGCAUUUUUGCUGAGCUUUUAACCCUUGAGCCCCUUUUCCCAGGGACAUCUGAUAUAGAUCAACUCAGCAGAAUUUUCAAUGUUUUGGGCAAUUUAACAGAGGAAGUGUGGUCAGGAUGUUGGAAACUUCCUGAUUAUGAAACAAUUUCUUUUGCUAAUAUUGAAAAUCCUAUUGGUUUAGAAGCCUCCCUCCCUAACCAUUCCCUUGAUGAAGUCUCUCUAGUCGAGAAGCUGGUUUGUUAUGACCCAGCUAACAGAGCUACAGCAAUGGAACUGCUCCAUGAUGAGUACUUCGGCAAAGAGCCUCUUCCAGUCCCCAUAUCUGAGCUUCGUGUACCUUUGACAAAUGGAGGGCAAAAUGGGGAUUCUCCUGGUGGAUGGUAUGACUACAACGAUAGGGAAUCUGAUUCUGAUUUUGAUGAGUUUGGCCCUAAGGAUAUCACAACCACCAGUACUGGUUUUUCUCUACAGUUUUCCUGAGCUCAAAGACGAUGAGGCCUGUUUUCUGUAGCUUGUGGAAUUUCAUAAUUUAAUUAUACAAUAUAUCUUGUCCCAAAAUACCCUGGACCUUGUGUUCAUGUUGAAGUAAUACAAAAAAGUUUUUGCUCUUGGCAAAUCUGUUUCAAAAGGAUUUGUAAUAAUUCUGAGUGAAGGAAAUGACAUGAAUGAUCUGCUUGUUAUCAGAAAGUAAAUUAUCAUGUAUUGCAUUGCUCCCCAGUUCUUGCCUUUA